GGCAGUGUGCCUUCAGGAUGAUGGGUUUGCAUUUGCGGCCAGAUUGAGUCAUGUGCUGCCCAAAGCAUUGGCAGCUUUCAUGAUGAGUCUUAACUUGGCGCCGGAAUAUCAUCAGAUCGCUUUGCAGGUGGUGGAGUUGGCGCGCGCAGGCUGCGAGAAGUCCAUGAGCCAGCUGCAGGUGUCAGUUCGCGGUGGAGAGAGCGAGAUGCAGGCCUACCUCACAUUGCCCUGUGCCCUCGGCCCACCAGACACCGGGGGCAUAGUGGAGGCUGAGGCCACCUGGAGCUUAGCCGGCUGGAUCUUCACGUGGUUGAUGCUGCACGGAGUUUGUCUCUGUAGAGGCCGGCAUGAUUUGCUGCAACUGAUCAAGAGCGUUUGCUCCAGCAUUGCUACUUUAGUGAUCUUCAUGGACAUGGGAAUGCUGAGGUCGACAGCCCGUGGAGGCGAUCCCGGUCACUGGACCAAGCAGGCCUUCGAGUCUGGCGUCGGCCUCCAUAGUGCGGCUGUGGCCUCUGCUGUGGCGGAAGGUUUAUGGCCAAGGCGGAGCUGCAGCUCACGGCUUCUCUGCAGUGCCGAUGCAUUCUCGCAUCUUUCGGCUUUGAUUGCUUUGCUCCGCAAGAGUAGCAGCCUACUACAAGGCCUUGCCUUGUGCUUUUUGCCAACAGCUUCCACAGUUGUCUUUGACAUCGCAGCGCUUGCCCUCAGGUGCGACGACACAUAUUCUUCACUGCAGUGCAGGCCACCUUCGCUUCUCUCCUGCGACUCAAUCUAUACGGUUGUGCUUUUCCGCCUGGCACCCUUCUUGAUCUUCAAGGAGCCAGUUGCAUUGGUGCUGACUGCCAUGUCGUGCACCUGGUUGCUCAGGCUGCCCACUCUGCUGGCAGUGCAAAGUACAGAGGCUGCUCCGAGCAUUGAUCAAGAACUGGGCGAGCCAGGUGUGACAUCUGAAGCUAGCGGAGAGGAGGAACUCUGUGAGCUGAUCAUCCACGGGGUGACUUAUGAUGUGAGCUCAUUCCUUGAGGAACAUCCCGGUGGCGCAGCAGUGCUGCAGCGUCAUGCUGGGCAGGAUGCCACGGAGGCAUUUCUGGCAGUUGGCCACUCGCAGGAGGCUUUGCAGAUACUGUCAGCCCACCGCCAUCCAGGCCAGGACGCAAGGUACAACUCCAUGGUUGAGCCACCAGGGGCACAAGAGCUAGCAUGGCAGUUGCUUCAAUUGGCAGCUGCGGGCGUGCUGACUUUUCUUCCCAGACUUUGGGCAGGAGUACCAAAUGCACCUGCCACGCCUGCAGAUGGAAGUGCGAGUGGCCUACUGGGCCUGGCAGCGGCAGGUUUGUUAGCUCAACUGCCUUUCGAUGUCGCUCCAAUGCAGGUGCCGUUAGCUCGACGUUUUCUUGAAGGUACUUCCUUGAUGAUUCUAUCACUCUCGUCACUUCUGCCCAUGAGAGUGCUGGGACUGGCGGCAGCCCUUGCUGCAAGCUUCAGUCCAAUUCAGGGGCCGGAGGUUUGGGGAGUCCUGACAUGGGCCUUGCUCCUGCUAUUGGCAUGCCCCACUGCACCUGCAAGUUGUGCAGAAGUUGCUGCAGCAGGAGCCUCUUGCAUUGGAGACAUUGGCAUCUCAGGUGUUGCUGCUUCAGCAAUAUUCGGACUAUGGGGACGAGGCAUAGGGGGCCGGACUUCAGCAAUAUCCGUGGCGCUGGCUGCCCUUCGCUGUGCUGGAAGUUGCUCGUUGGCUUGCUGGCUGCUACUUUGGUCCAUGGGGCAGGCUGCUCGGUGUGCGGGUACCGCCCUUCUGCUGGGUUUGGUCAAGGCAGCACAGGUGCAGCAAAGCAGCUGGCAGGUCAGCGCAAUGUGGCUGGCCCUAGUUUUAGGACCCAUCUCCGUGAUUUUGGAGCUCAAACAAGGUUCUUGGAUGCUUGCACCCCUGUCGGGCUGGUUGUUGCUCUUGCAACGGCGCGCGGUGGCACUAGAAAAGAUGGUGAGAGCUUCAGAGCAACGUGUCAGGGUCACGGCAAACAUGCGGAGGAUUCAGUUCUUGUUGGACAAUAUUCGGUCCUUGUUUGCGCUGCUUGUUUGGAGCACUCUGAGUCAGCCGUUGGUGAGGUUGGUGACGUGGCUUUUGCCGGGCCAGUUGCGGGUCCUGGCCUUUGAGGCACCCAUCGAUGAUCUUGGUGGCCAGCUAGAUGUGGGAGUCUGUUUGAUGCUGGACAAUGGCAGAGGCCAGGCAGAGAAGCUGGCCCCUGGCCAUGUGGUCUGUAACGUUGGGCAUUUGCCAACUGCAGAUGCGGAUGACCUUCGUGCCACUGUGCAUUCAUCACUAAAGAUCAUGGAAGAGCUAUCAGGAGUUUCUUUGCCUGGCGACAUGCAGGGAACACCAGCUCCGGGCUUUGUUGCAAACCUCCUUUGUGUAUUGCCAAAGUCAGCUCGUCGGCCUUGGUUGAUCAAUCCCAAUUGGCAGUCUCUCCGAGAGGUGAACUUGAGCGUAUGGGCCAGCUCAGAGGAUGCCCAGGCUUGGUACAGACAGUCACAGGCCCAUGCAGCGAUCGUGGCACAACAUGCGCAGGGCAAGUUGAGGACAUUUGGAAACCUCUUAAUGACUUUGCAACCGUUGCGAGUGGCCUGGCAAAGUCGAUGCCGAGCCUGUGCUUCUUUGGCUGAAGGCUUGGCCACCAGGUGUCCAAGUUGCGGAGCGCGGACAUUUGAGCUGCCGAGCUUCUGAAAAACGGGCCGCUGGGUGGGCUGGACAAACAGUGACCGUCGACUGUCAUCAAGGAGUGCCAUUCAGACUGCUGAAGAAUCGAGCCCUUGAUAACAAUCGCAGCACUUUUUCAAAGAUUGAUGAACUUUAUCAUGCAGUGCUUUUGUGUGUGUGUGUGUUUCUUUUUCC